AUGCGACAUGGCGCCAUCCGUAAGAUUCUCGGGACCUGCGCAGAAGAGAAUCCUGCGGAUCUAAGGCUCAAUUCUGUGGUGCCAGCAUUGGCAAGGCUCUAUGAAAAGGCGGGCUUGAACGCACAGAAGAUCAUCGGCAUCACUUCUUUGGACACUGUGCGGGCAAACAAAUUUGUACAUGAGGCUUCAUCGGUGCCCAUCGAGGAGGUUCAGGUUCCUGUGGUUGGCGGAUAUUCUGGUUCCAUGUCCGGCCCUUGUGCGGUGCCAAUCUUCUCGCAGGACGCGGCAGCGAGCCGCUUGGGCGAUGCCCGAUGUGCGGAGUUGAUGCAUCGUGUGCAGGAUGCUGGUGUUGAAGUGGUUGAUGCCAAGAAAGGCAAAGGCAGCUCGACGCUCUCCAUGGCCUAUGCUGCCGCCCGUUUCGCCCAAUCCGUGCUCAGCGGCCUCUCCGGCGAAAGGUGUGCUGAGCCAGCCUUUUUGAAAACCGAUAUCCAUCCUGGAGUGGAGUACUUCUCCUCCGAGGUGAUCUUCGGUCCCAAGGGCGUGGAAGAAGUGAAGGCAGUGCCGAAGAUGAGUGCCAAAGAGAAAGCACACUUGGACUUGGCGGUAAAGACACUUCAGGAGGACAUCCGCGAAGGCCUGGCCUAUGCUGAAACCGUGGACCUCGCCGGCAGAAGAUGA